GCUGGGGCGCUUCCGGGACGCGGCGCCAUGCGGCUGUCCCCGCGCGCGCUGCGCGCCGCCCGGGCCGCCUGGCGCGAGGGCUUCCCCCUGCAGGGCCGUGACGUGGCGCGCUGGUUCCCCGGCCACAUGGCCAAGGGGCUGAAGAAGAUGCAGAGCAGUCUGAAGCUGGUGGACUGUGUCAUUGAGGUCCAUGACGCCAGGAGCAACGUGCUCAUGAGACCUCCUCUGAACCCUGGCUUUCCUCUUGCCACCAUCAUUCCCACUGGGAGACUGAGCGAUGCUGCUGUCUUUCUGACCACCGUCCUGGCUGCUGCAGGAGGCCGCAACCCUCUGUUUCGGGAGACCCUUGGGCUAAAGCCUCACUUGCUUGUUCUCAACAAGAUGGACUUGGCAGACCUCACAGAGCAGCAGAAAAUUGAGCAGCACUUAGCAGGAGAAGGCCUAAAACAUGUCAUUUUUACCAACUGCAUAAAGGAUGAGAAUGUCAAGCAGAUCAUCCCAAAGGUCACAGAACUGGUUGGGAGUAGCUACCGCUACCACCGAGCAGAGAACCUGGACUGCUGCGUCCUGGUGGUCGGCAUCCCCAACGUGGGCAAGUCCUCCCUCAUCAACUCCUUGAGAAGACAGCAUCUCAGGACAGGAAAAGCUGCCAGGGUGGGUGGUGAGCCUGGGAUCACCAGAGCUGUGAUGUCCAGAGUCCAGGUGUGUGAGCGGCCACUGAUAUUCCUGAUGGACACCCCUGGGGUGCUGGCUCCUCGGAUCGAAAGCGUGGAGACAGGCCUGAAGCUGGCCCUGUGUGGAACGGUGCUGGACCACCUGGUUGGGGAAGAGACCAUGGCCGACUACCUCCUCUACACUCUCAACCGGCACCAGCUGCUGGGGUAUGUGCAGCACUACGGCCUGGACAGCGCCUGUGAUGACAUCGAGCACGUGCUGAAGAGAGUGGCCGUGCGGCUGGGGAAGACACGGAAGGUGAAGGUGCUCACAGGCACCGGCGAUGUGAACGUCGUCCAGCCCAACUACUCUGCGGCAGCCUGCGACUUCCUCCGGGCCUUCCGCAGUGGGUGUUUUGGCCCAGUGAUGCUGGACCGUGACGUUCUACGUUCUACAGGGCUGCCCUCCUGCUGACGGCAGGCUUCCUGGAUCUCAUGUGGACAGGAUGUUUGAGGGUCAGGACUACCCACUUUUCUCCAGAAUCAACCAUGCUGGUCACUGUGACUUAGGCCCUGCUCUCCCGCUCACUGUGGCCUGGCCAGCCCUGUGGAACAGGCCUGUGUGCCUGGCCUGGUGAGCAGUUCCUGCUCAGUGUCUCUAGGGAGAAGUUAAUGCUGUCUUGAGGAGCUAAACUGCAAUCGUAAUGUUUAAAGUUCUGGAUGAAAAGGUCCGUCUCUUC